GUGACCCGUAAAGAAUAACCGGGGCCGAAAUCGAAAGAGUUUCCUUCUAUUAGACCAAAUACAAUAUAAAGUUGAUUGUUUUCUGCAUCGCAGGAGAAGUAAAAAAAUCUUCCAAGAUGAACUCUAAAACGAAGCGCUACAACCUGAGCGACUCUACAAUCCGACUUGUGGAAGAAGAGGAUCAGUUUGACUUUCUGUGUGAAGGUUUUGAUUCCCCGAGAGCCCGGAUGUCCUGCGGACAUGUGGUGACCCCGAUGUCUCUCACGAAGUGGUGCCAGCAACUGCUCAAACAGGGAAAAUCCAGGUUUGUGUGCGGUCAGUCUGGCUGUAAUGCUGAGUGGCCUUAUCAGGAGGUUUGUAAAAUGGCCCUGCUGACCCCUGAAGAAAGGAAGAACUUUGAGACGACGAUGGCCCUGAAUGCUGCCGUCGGAGAUCCUAACACAAAGUUUUGUCCAGGCUGCAUGACUCCUGUGACCAGAGGGAGCAGCUCAAACCUCUAUGUCUGCUGCCAUGUGUGCUCAGCAAAGACCGGACGCAGCUUUGGGUUCUGCUGGCAGUGUCUGAGGGAGUGGAAAGGCCGACAGCCUCGAUCCGACCGCUGCAAAAACGACAACUGCCACAAUUCUGCCCUGAAGACGCUGAGAGAGUGUCCAGAAAUUAAAAUUGACAAAGUCAAAGGCUGUCCAUCGGUCCGUGCCUGUCCCACCUGCGGCUCACUGAUCCAGCACACUGGGAUAGGAUGCAAAACCGUUAUAUGUCCCCGAUGUAAGAUGUCGUUUUGUUUUGGCUGCCUAAAGAAUGGUUACUGUGGUAUUUCUGAUAUUUGUUCCAGUGGCAUUGCUCCUAGGCAGACGUUUAUUCCUGUGUGGCAGAGGAAAUGAUGUGAUUCAUAAGCUACCACUGUUUGUUAUUUACCUGGUUGUUCUUGCUACUCAUGUAUAAUCUUUAAAAUCCGACAUUUGCAACAAUUUGAACAAUCUUUGUACUCCGCUUACUACAAAGUAACUUCCAAAUAAAUCUUGUCAUGUUGUGGAAUGUAUUAUUCUGAAACUACAACAGAUGAAACACCCAUUAAAGGAUGUCCA